AUGUCGGCCAACCCAGCAGCUCCGGUCGGACCAGGCCCUUUUCCAGUCACGCUUCCGCCAGCAGGCUCAAGCUCCUUAUGGGACCGCGUAUCCUCAUGGGCUUCCGAACACAAAGGUGUCGUCUACACAGUUGCGGGUCUCACACUUGUUGUCAGCGCCGGAGGCGUGAUCUACUACCUAUCAGACGAUAAGAAGGAUACGGGCUCGCCAUCACCGUCUUCGAACAAGAAAAAGACUAAGCGGGACAAGAGACGGGCCAAGGAACGCGCCGAAAAGGAAGCGGCAAAGGAGCAAGAAGAAGUCGCAGCUGAACCGAAGAAGGCAAGCGUCGCGCCUGCCAUCGAGGAUGAGCUCCCUCAUGUGGACGAGAGCACUGUUGGGUCGCUCUCUGAAGAGGAGCGCAAAGAAUACGCUGCCAAGCUUAAGGCCGCAGGUAACAAGGCAUACGGCUCCAAGGAUUACAACCGCGCCAUAGACCUGUACGGACAGGCGCUUCUUUGCAAGCAAGACCCUGUCUUCUAUUCCAACCGCGCUGCUUGCUGGAAUGCCAUGAGCAAUUGGGACAAGGUCAUUGAGGAUACCACCGCUGCCAUCAACCUUGACAAUGAAUAUGUCAAGGCGCUCAACCGGCGCGCAAACGCGUACGAACAGGUCGAUCGCAACAGUGAAGCUCUCCUCGAUUAUACUGCUAGCUGUAUCAUCGAUGGCUUCCGCAACGAGAGCAGCGCCCAGAGCGUCGAGCGUCUGCUCAAGAAGGUCGCUGAGACAAAGGGUAAGGCUAUCCUUGCGCAGAAGGAGAAGAAGCUUCCGAGUCCCACGUUCGUCACAAACUAUCUCCAGAGCUUCCGGCCGAAGCCUCCACCAUACGGUCUCGACGAUGAUGCAGAGCUGGACGAGGAGAGCAACAAGGGUCAACUCAGGAAAGGUCUUCGUGCCAUGAGCACCAAGACCGCCGAAGGAUAUGCUGAAGCUGCAGCUGCGUUUGAGAAGGCGCUUGAGCUUGGUGAUCUUGGAGAACACGAGUCUUUUGCAUAUAACAUGCGUGGUACUUUCAGGUACCUCAAGGGCGACAACGAGGAUGCGCUCAAGGAUAUGGAUAAGAGCGUCGAGCUCCAGCAGUCACUUACUCAGAGCUUUAUCAAGCGUGCCAGCAUGCACUUGGAACUCGCAAACCCUGCCGCUGCCGAAGCUGAUUUCGAAGCCGCACUCGCACAGAACAAGGACGACCCUGAUAUCUACUAUCACCGUGCACAGCUACACUUUAUCAAGGCCGAAUUUGGCGAGGCUGCUAAGGACUACCAGAAGUCUAUUGACCUGGACAAGGACUUCAUCUUCUCGCACAUACAACUCGGUGUCACCCAAUACAAGAUGGGUAGCAUCGCUUCCUCUAUGGCAACAUUCCGUCGCUGCAUGAAGAACUUCCCACAGGUGCCGGAUGUGUACAACUACUACGGCGAGCUUCUUCUCGAUCAGCAGAAGUACCAGGAAGCCAUUGAGAAGUUUGAUACGGCUGUGGAAAUGGAGCAACAGAACAAACCCCUGUUCAUCAACGUCCUCCCGCUAAUCAACAAGGCGCUCGCACUUUUCCAGUGGAAGAACGACUUCGCCGAGGCAGAGCAGCUCUGCCAGAAGGCAUUGAUCAUCGAUCCAGAGUGCGACAUCGCCGUCGCAACCAUGGCUCAACUGCUUUUGCAGCAAGGGAAGGUCACAGAGGCGCUCAAGUACUUUGAGCGGGCUGCGGAGCUAUCCCGGACAGAGGGCGAGAUAGUAAAUGCCCUCAGUUAUGCGGAGGCCACUCGGACACAAUUAGAGGUCCAAGAGAAGUACCCUAGACUCGCCUCAAGGCUAGGACAGAUGGGCGCAGGAUUGGGCGCAGGCAUGCGGUAA